UCGCGACGAUGGAAGAGUCAGAUAAAGGGACGGCGGCCUUGAAGAAAGCUUACGCGGAGAUGAUUCUAAACACGGCGAAGGAAUCAGCGGUUAGGGUAAUGGUUUCCGACAAGAAAACAGCUCGGUUCCACCACGAUCUUUGCGGGACUAAAGACGAAGCUCUUCGUUUACUUGUCCGAUUGAAACAGAUGAUUGAUGCUCAGACAAUUGAAUCAGAGAUUGCAUCAUCAAACAAGCAACGGCAGAUUGAUUUGCUUGAAGCUCAGUUACAAGAGGCUGAAGAUAUUAUUACUGAUUUGAGGUCUGAGUUGAGAUGGGUCAGAGACAAACUGGAGAAAGCGAGGCAAACCAUUCCUGCUGAUCUAGAGGUUGUUGUUGGAAGUGUUCAUCCUAAUCAAGACAGGAGUGAGAGUGACUCUUUUCUUAAUCAGAAUAGCUCAUUGCUUGAUGAUGAAUGUGGUGGUAAGGAAACCCUUUCUGCUGCAGAGGUUAUUGCAAGUUUGCAUCCUGAUCAAGAGGUUGCAGAUAUGAGUGGCUCUCUUUUGAAUCAGAAGAGCUCAUUGUUUGAUGAUGAAUGUGGUGGAAAUGACGAAAAGGAUUUUAAGGGGUUGAGUGUUGAAAGUUCAAAGGCUUGUGAGUCUGAAGCCAAUAUCAGGAGCAAAAAGCUUGAGCUGUCUCGAAAUGGGUGUACACAGAGGAUCCAUGCUUUGGAGAGGAAAUCAUCUCAUUCUGCAAACGGAGAGGAACGACGCACAACUGACAAGGAUAGUGAAGAAAACUUGAGCUCAGUAAACACUAGAUCUCUUGUUCUUGCUAUUAGAGCUACGAAUGCAGAGGUGGUGCCCAUAAAGCCGUCUAAUUCACUAGGAAUCAAGAAGACUCGCAAAUCAAAAGGAAGGAGAAAGAGGAGGUGGAGCAAACGAAAAGCUACACAAGUUAGGUCACAAAGUCAGCUUAUAAAACCUUGUCAAUCUCACUCUGAUAUUCCCUGUUCCAAGAAUGGCGAAGAUUCCAUGGAUACUCAUCUGUCGGUAGAGAAUGAGGAGGUUGAUGCCCUUAAUUCUUGUAAAGGGUUGGACGCGACUAAGAUAAAGCCGCUUCGUCGUUUGGAUCAUGGGUUAACUUCAGUUAAAUGCAAUGUAGAUCCAACUUCAGGAUCCACGAAAACUACUGUCGUCAGUGUGAAUGUAAUAAAUCGAUCAACAGAUGAAGACUUGGAAUCAAGAAUGGUAAAAUGUAAAGGUGAAGAAGAUAGUGUGGUUCCAACUACUGGGCCUUGAGUUGGUUGAUCCAUGUUCUGAGUUGAAAGCUAAUGCAGUGGUGUCAGAUCAAAUCAGUGAGUCUCUGAGAGCUGACGAAAUUCGCCUUGUGAAGUAUACAUUCCAAAGGAAACGGAAAAAGGGAUCUCUAAACGAAAACAAUGACAAUAACUAUUCUCCAUGGAAAAGAAAGGAGACAAUGCACAAUGAUCCGGUUAAAUCAUCUAUGAGUAACCCCACAAUUAGGUGAGUAUAUCCAUUCAUGGUUCUGUCUAGUUGCUACUAGAGACACAAUAUCUGAUAUGACAUUGCUUUCAACUGUUAGUACUCACAGCAUUUUGUUCAGUUAAUGCUGUUCUUUUGGUCAUGUGCAGUUUAUAUUUCUUUUCCUUGUCUGAAAACUGAUGGUACAGUGGCAACGCUUUGUUCAAGGGAACUCUUGAUAAACAUCUUGUAUAUCAAAAGUUUUAAAUCUUAGAAUUAUCUAUUUAUCUA